UUAUUUGGGAGUUCUCGGUUUAUUUAUUGAAUUAUUCCGUUUUAUCCUGACCGAAAUCAGUCUGCGGAUAGGCGAGAAAUCGCAUUUUCAGCUCUCUAAUUAGGUUUUAACAUUACAGUAAAUGAAAAAAAAAUUAUUGUAUCGACAGUUCAUAAACGAGUCGGUUUCUGGUGACAAAAAGAAAAAAUUAAAAAAAAAACUCUUUUUCCUGUGAAAACACAAUCUCUCUAGUACAUGCGCAACUCCGUGAUCAACAAACGCCUGUGGUGCCAACGGAAAUAAUAAAAAAAAAAAUAAAAAUGUUGGCAUCGCGACAAGCACGCGCCAGGAAGCAUCUUGGAAACGGCCGAGCUGAGUGUAGUGUGUCCUGACACUGAAGCCACCUCAUCCAAACCUCGUGCAGAGACGAGACGAGACGAGACUGCAACCCAUCAUCGUCUGCUUUCUGACAUCUUAGACCAACAGCUACUACAGGUGCGACAUUUCAAAACGCAGACGCCGACGGUGUAAACGUGGGCGCGUGCAGCUCCGAAGCUUGCGUCGUGCGUCGUGCGACUGCAGCAGGCGAGACAGGACAUACAGACAUUGAUCUUCGUCUCUCGAAACUGAUCCCAGAGCGAGCUGGUGGGAGGAAAGUAUUGAGAAAAAAAAAAAGGAGGAGGAAUGGAGAAGUAAUUCUUGCAAGGAAAUAAAAGUAAGGUUGGGUGGGGUACCCGACAAGUUGUAGACACAGUCAGUACCGAGAAGACACGAGAGGCGGAAGGACUUGAGAACGUGUGACAGGGAGGAACAACCGAGAGGUGGACGGGAGGGAUAAAAAAAAAAAGAUUGGGGAGAGGGAAGGACUGGUUGAAGUACCGAGAGCAACCAUCUUCAAAAUCCGGACAACUUCCAGCCGCUCCAUCGAGCCGCAGCAUCAGCAAUACCAGCAGCAACAUUGUCGCUUAUCGCCUCCCUCCUUUUUUUUCUUGGAUGCUCGCCACUUGCGUGCGAAUGGUGCUCCUGUCGUCAGGGGGCGAUAGUUGUGAGGCUGGCCUGCCGCCGAAAACAAGUCGGCUUAGAGCUUAGAAGCACGGAAAAGGGGAGACAAGAAUAAAAAAAUCCGAGAAUAAAGCAUGGCGACUGCGUGUUUGAUGCUAAAUGCAUCAAAGAUGGAUUUGUUCUGACAAAGUUGACAGCGGCUUUUGUCCCGAACGCAGCUUCCAGCGACGAGCUACUCCGCCGAAGUUCGUGACUCCCGAAGGAUUUGCGCAUGCGCGGUGGAGGUGGUGGUUAGUCGUGGUGUUUCCGGUGGAUGGUGAUGGGAGACCUGCAGGCUGAUAGACUAAAGAUCGCGAAACAUCCAGAAGGUGAUUGCGGACACAAAGCAGAUCGAUGCAGUGGUGUCGUUAGCUUCAUCGACAUGUUGGUGUUGUCUCAAGUUUCAUUAGCUCACUGCUGUUUGUCGUCUUCAUUCAAGCUUCCUCUUUGAACUAAUUGAUACUGUUCGACCGAGGAUUGUUGCGAGCAGUUUCCAGUGUCGUCUGAAGGAUCAUAAUUGAGUUCCUCCAAGUUUCGCCACCAAACUGUUGUCCCAGGACUGUUUGUCGGUGAUAUACUGUUCAGAGUUGUCUCAGGAUUCCUCAUCGGGAAGGUUACUUCACUGUUAUCCCAAGAUUCAACGACGAUUCAUUUCCCUUUAGAUGGACUCAAGGUACAGAAACCAAAAAUACACAAAAGGUUGACUACAGCCUAGUCUUCAUGUCCUGGAGGUGAGAAAGAUCCAGGUCCGUCAAAACCAGAUGCUGUCCGGGCUUUUCACCAUGUGGACACGCCGCAAUGGCUUCCUUUGUCUCUUAUUACUGCCUGCUAUAGGCUACUCGUUUGUAAUGUACAUUAUGAUUGGUCGGACGUGCAGCGAGGAAUCGUUCUACGAUGCGGACUACGUCAACGAAGACCUGCCCCCGAGACUGAUGGCGUCCAUCAGUAGCCGAACAAACCGUCCAUUGAAAUUUUGGUCAACAUCGGACACAGUGGUGGAACAAGCCGCGAGAGUGAGACAGAGGAACUUUGCUCACAGGCUGGUUCAAAGGGCAGUGUAUCCUUUCAACUGCACGAACAUCUCCGCCAUCAAAAUAAAAAAGAAAAUCGGUCACGGGGUGUCGAAACAAACAUUUCUAGGCGAGUACCAAGGAGGUCACGUGGCCGUGAAGAUGGUGACCCGCCACAUCCACGAUGUCAAAUCCUGCCUGGACAAUGUCAGAUCCGACGACCCUGACAUCAUCCGCGCUCGUUCGCGGUGUUACUUGUAUUCGACGAUGAAGCUGAUGAAGGAAAUCCUUGUGGCAGAGCAGCUGCAUCAUCACAACAUGGCGCAGCUGCUCGGGUACUGCGUGCGCAGCGAGGAGAGCGACUCCACGGAUGUUGCCGAGCACGGGGUGUCCAUCUUCGAGCUCGGCUCCCGGUUUGUGCUGGACAACCUGCAGAUCCUCCCCUGGCCGGCCCGCCUUCGCCACGCCAUCGAAAUGGCGGACCUGCUGGACUAUCUCGAACAUUCCCCGCUCGGGUCCGUGGUCAUGCCCGACUUCAAGGAAGGCCACUUCGUCUUGGUCAACUCCUCGCUCAAGCUCAUAGACUUUGACGACAUCAACAACGUCGAGCCCGCCUGCAGCGCCACUUCCUUCAAGGGAGACCACUCUCAGUGCGCGUAUGGUGUGGUGUGCCAGAGGGCGCUGUGUGUGGGCUUCAAUGCGAAGGAGAAUAUGAAAAACAUGAAUCGCUUGAUAUUCAAGCGCCUGCUCUUUCCCUUGACCUUUCCUGAGCAGGUCGUCAAGGACGUGGGUCAGCUCAACGCGCAGCUGGACUUCCUCGUGCUGACAGCUGCUGAGCUGUAUGACAAGCUGGUACAGAUAGAGAGAAAGGCAGUGGGGUCUAUGAGAUAACAGACAAUGUGGGAACUACUUUUCUUCGGAUGUGGUCGUGUUUGUUACAUUGUACAAUGGAAGGGACCAAGCUCUACCCAAAGGAUGUUAUUCCCAGAGAAAUAAGAAAAGAAAGAAAAACAAUAAAAAUAAAAGAAAAAUAAAUAAAAAAAGGUUCAGCUGUCAAAGUGCAAGCAGCUCUCCGUGUGCCCGUGUAAAUGUUUAGUUGUGUCUGUGCGUAUGUAGUAUACAUUUCCUACGAAAAUAUGUGGUCGUGAGAAUGGUAUGUGUGAGAUAAGCUUUUAUCUCUCCUCUAUGUGCGUGUGAAUUUGUUGGCGUGCACACGUGCAU